CCCAUAGCUUGAGUCAUAUAUAAGGGUAGCUGUGUUCCCUGUCUCUUUGUCCCAGUGGAAGCAUCAGUCCUGCAAUACAACUUGACCAUCCCAGAAACCAACCAUGUGUGACGACGAAGAGACUACCGCCCUUGUGUGCGACAACGGCUCUGGCUUGGUCAAGGCUGGAUUUGCCGGAGAUGACGCUCCCCGUGCUGUCUUCCCUUCCAUUGUUGGAAGGCCACGCCACCAGGGUGUGAUGGUUGGUAUGGGUCAGAAAGACAGCUACGUUGGUGAUGAGGCCCAGAGCAAGAGGGGUAUCCUGACCCUCAAAUACCCCAUUGAGCAUGGCAUCAUUACUAACUGGGACGAUAUGGAGAAGAUCUGGCACCACACCUUCUACAAUGAGCUCCGUGUAGCUCCUGAGGAGCACCCCACCCUGCUCACUGAGGCCCCCCUUAACCCCAAGGCCAACAGGGAGAAGAUGACCCAAAUCAUGUUUGAGACCUUCAACGUCCCAGCCAUGUAUGUGGCCAUUCAGGCUGUCCUGUCUCUGUACGCCUCUGGCCGUACCACUGGUAUUGUGCUGGACUCCGGUGAUGGUGUGACCCACAACGUGCCCAUCUAUGAGGGUUACGCUCUCCCCCAUGCCAUCAUGCGUCUGGAUCUGGCCGGUCGUGACUUGACUGACUACCUGAUGAAGAUCCUGACUGAGAGAGGCUACUCUUUCGUCACAACCGCUGAGCGUGAGAUUGUGCGUGACAUCAAGGAGAAGCUUUGCUAUGUGGCUCUGGACUUCGAGAACGAGAUGGCCACCGCUGCCUCCUCCUCCUCUUUGGAGAAGAGCUACGAGCUUCCCGACGGUCAGGUCAUCACCAUCGGUAACGAGCGUUUCCGCUGCCCCGAGACCCUCUUCCAGCCUUCCUUUAUUGGUAUGGAGUCUGCUGGUAUCCAUGAGACUGCCUACAACAGCAUCAUGAAGUGCGACAUUGACAUCCGCAAGGACCUGUAUGCCAACAACGUGCUGUCUGGUGGUACCACCAUGUACCCUGGUAUUGCUGACCGUAUGCAGAAGGAGAUCACCGCUCUGGCUCCCAGCACCAUGAAAAUCAAGAUCAUUGCUCCCCCUGAGCGUAAGUACUCUGUCUGGAUCGGUGGCUCCAUCCUGGCUUCCCUGUCCACCUUCCAGCAGAUGUGGAUCACCAAGCAGGAGUACGAUGAGGCAGGCCCAUCCAUUGUCCACAGGAAGUGCUUCUAAGCUGCAAAUCUUACAUUUGUACUGUCUCUUUUACUGUAUAUACAUGUCCUCUUGUGAUAAAUGUGGAUCAUUAUAA